AUGGGCACGAGCCGCUGCAAGCGCUUGUACAAUGCUGCGCUGGAAGGAGCGGACUCAGCUCCAGUCGAUUUACGUUUCUUGCAACGUCCUUUUUCAGACAAAAAAGGCAAGAAAGGGGAUGACGUUAGGUCAGACGUUGCUUCAUAUUUAGCUCAGUUGUAUGAGUCGGUCGCUGAAGUGCUUCCAGAUGUUCGAGAUGAUGCCUUUGAUUCUUUCCCAUCUUCAUCUUCUUCAGUGCCUGGUGCUUUGAAGGAUGCUUACUCCAUAGAACUGAACAAUCAAGCCCGUGCUGCAUCUGGACCGGCAAGCUCUGAACCCAAGCUUCUUCUGGCUGAGAAAACACGGAAGCCACGGAAAAUGAGAGGAGCGAUCAAGUUGAAUAGUGAUAGAUUAGCCGGUCCACAUGAAGGUGCAAAAGAGAUUCGCAAGCUUCCGCCGGGGGCAAUGAAAGAAUUCUGGGAGCAAUACCGCUUGGUCUCAGCCCUGGAGGAACCCGUAUGGGUAGCUGAUUUCUCAUUCCUUCAAUUCCGAGAACGUGGCCAGCAUGCCCAGUGCAGUACAUGUGUGAGACAUCGCACUAUGAUCCGCCAUUUAGGCGGUCACCUGGCGGCAAGGCGGCAGCAGCUUCGACUCUUCCACCGGCAUCUCCAAGACCAAUACCAGGAUCGCAUGUUGUACUGGGAAUUGCGCGGCUUGUCACGCUCCAAAGGCAACCUCAUCACAUGCAUAUGUGAUGGGAUGGACCAGGGAAAAUGGGAGAUUCCCAGAGACCCUGUGCUGAAAGGAAAAGACUUCGCUUCCUUCCAGGGUGUCCGGAUGCAUAUCUCGUGUUGCGUCGUUCACGGGCGGCUGAUUUUAUUCGCUGUGUCUUCGCCCGAUACCAAAAAAGAUGGCAACGCAUCGAUUGAGAUCUUGAGUUGCGCCUUCACAAUCCUCCAGAAGCAAGGGCUUUGUUUGCCGGCGACGCACGUCGUGCUCCAGCACGACAACACAUGCCGCGAGUUCAAGAAUAACAAUGGUCUGAGGUGGGCAUGCGCUCAGGUUUCAGCACACAACGUCAAGAGCAUCACUUGCCAGUAUUUGCGCACAGGGCACACACAUGAAGACAUUGAUCAGAUCUUCGGCUCCCUCAGCAAGCACCUACUGCGCAGACGGACCCUGGAAACGCCCGAAGACGUCGUCGCCACCAUCAAAGACUUCCUUGCAAAGUCAAAGUUCCCAUUUGAAGCCGAACGUCACGUUGUGAUGAUGGACAGCGUGCGAGAAUGGAUUUUUGGCCUUUGA